AUGCAAAGAGCUUCUGUCAGUCCUUCUGUGCGCAUCUCUCACUCGAGCCCUACUCCCACUCCUGCUGCUACGGCGACCAGCCCGCAACCACCCAUGCUGGCUCAGAGCGCCCUUGUAGGAGGGUGGAACGACGGUUACAACGCAGGCCCUUUCCUCAGCGCCCUGCCAAAGAACUUUCAAGAACAGAGAUUCCAUAAGAGAGGCUCCUCCGGAUCUUCUGUCACAUCGGCGGGUCCACCUUCGCCUCUUAAUCAUAAUACGAUAUAUCCACACGUCGCCACCUCCGAUUCAACUUUUCCCACACACUACGACUUCGACUACACCCAGACUCCACACACUGCAAAGUCAGAAUCAACAAUCAUGUAUCCUACAAACACUGGCUACGGCGCUGUUGACAUGAGAAGAAUACAGUCUCAAGGUGUGGAUGAUCGUGGGUCUUACAACCUGUCUGCACCGCAGUCUGUGUCGACCAUGAGUCACAACUCCCCAGCGACACCGCAUACAACCUUUGAGCCAGAGUACGAUGAGAAAACCCAGCAGAUUUUUGGUGAGAUGAGCGAUGUCGACGAGCAUUUGUUCGACUACUUACAAUUUGAUUCAGGUUAUCACCCAACACCAGCAUAUCAGCAGUCACUCCAGGAUGUCUUUCCAGACCAGCAAUACCAGCAGCAGCUGUCCUUCAACCAGGCACAGCAGAGUAUGCAAAGACUGAAUGUGACACCACACAGGCAGAACAUGAUGGCCGAUAGAUUACAGGCAGCACAGCAAGAUCAUCUCCAUCCUGGCGCCUCGACUUCAAAUCCUCGUCAGAGAUCUCCAUUCAGGCAGAACUCACCAUACAUGGCUGCGCCUCAACUGCGUCAACCUCCUGCUACACUACAGAAACAGCGGACGUCGAUUUCACCCAAGGAGUUGAUGCUUGACGAGCAUGAUAUCGAUGACAAUGCUACACCGUUGUUCGCUCCAUCUCAUUCUCAGGAUAUGUUCGCCACUCAGCGCACCUCAUCAAACCUGUCGACAUUCUACACUCCAGACCAGUCCAUGCAAAUACCCCAACAGUAUCCAUUUGUGAGUCAGACUGGCCGCCAGCAAAUGAAUUCCGGUCUACAAGAAAUGGUACCUGAAUUUCCUGCUCACAUGAUCUCAAUGGAGUCGACUGGUGAUGAAGGUCCAUCGGAGCCUUCGAGUCAACAAUCCAUCAGAUCAAGGUCGCAAGCACAGCCUGUCUCACAACAUCAGCAACAACAGUCACCACCGGUACAAAAACCGCUUGACACAUCAUCUGACUCAGGAACAUAUUCGUGCACCUACCAUGGUUGUCACCUGAGAUUCGAGACUCCCGCCAAGUUGCAAAAGCAUAAGCGGGAGGGGCACAGGCAAACGUCACCUACGUCAUCGCAGCAGCAAUCGCCAAAUCUAGCCCUGCGGAACUCGCAAGCCGGCCCCCACCGAUGUGAUCGGAUAAAUCCGAGCACUGGAAAACCUUGCAACUCAAUCUUUUCUCGGCCUUACGAUCUUACCCGCCAUGAAGAUACUAUCCACAACGGUCGCAAACAAAAGGUGCGCUGCCAUUUGUGUACUGAGGAGAAGACUUUCUCGCGCAAUGAUGCACUUACCAGACAUAUGCGUGUGGUUCAUCCCGAAGUUGAUUGGGUUGGUAAGCAAAAGCGCAGGUCGCCAAAAUAA